UUAUUUGGGUAUAUAGGCUCUGGUCAAGGCAUUUCCGAACCUAAAUAAAUCAGUCUUUUCCUCUCUAUCUCUCUCUCGAGUCUCCAAACUCAAAUUUGGAAGAGAAAAAAAAAAUCAGGGCUUCUCUGCAUGUGAGGAUUGCGACCAUGAUGAAUCUUGAUUUCCCCGACGGCACCUCGCCGCCUUCACAUAUUCCCCGCAGUAGAAAAUCCCCACGGAAAAAUGCUUCAAAGCCUUCUCCUCCUCCUCCUCCUCCUCCUCCAGAACCAGCAACAGAACACGUGACAAAUAAGAAGAAGAAGAAGAAGAAGGCAUUGGCGAGCAGCAGCAGAAUCUGGAACGAGGAGGAUGAGCUUACUGUGUUAAAAGGGUUAGUGGAAUAUCAAGCUCAGAAAGGAAACGAACCCAAGAGUAACUGGGGUGACUUUUAUCGUUUCGUGGGAGGCUCCAUCACGGGGAAAUUCUCAAAGGAACAGGUUUUGACUAAGAUCCGCAAGCUGAAAGCCAAGUUCAUUGCUAACAUGCAGAAAGCAAACACUAGCAAAUCUGAAGCCUUUCUACUUUCCAAAAGUAUAUGGGGCCCCCAAAGUGAAUCUGAUCAGUCUGCUGAUCACACCAAGAGUGGUGAGGAAAUGGCUAAUCAUGAACCUUCGAAUAAUGAGGUAACAAAAGCUGACUUUGAAGGCAACGAGGAGUCAUGGGUUGUGCGAGAUGCGUUCGAGACCAUGGUGUCCAAAGGCUUAAGUGAUUAUCAAAAGAAGUUGCAGCUUGAGAAGCUGAUGAACCUUGGAUCUGGUAAAAGAAGAGAGUUGAGCGAUGAGUGGAAAGAGUUAUGUGCUGAGGAAGUUAAACUCAAUAUCAAGAAGUUUAAGUUUUCUGCUAUGCUUGCAGAGGCUGCUAAAUGGUAAACUUGUCCUCCUCGUCUUAUUACUAGUUUGUGAAAAAAUCUGCUUGUCUAGUAGAAGCAGUAUGUUUUCUGUGAUGUCUAAAAGUGUCAAGUCUCUCGGUUUUAUGUAAUCUUAAUGUAAUAAAAUAUCAGUUUCUACAAA